UGAUAUUAUCACAGUUCCACCCGGAGCUAACCCAAAGAGAAAAUGGCGUUGUGCCCUAAAAAAACCCCAUUUCCCCUCCCCCAGUCACUCUCACUCUCUUCAUUCCUCGCUCCAUCCAAAUCAAUGUCCACCAAGUGUUCGAACUCUGAACUCCUCAACAGAAACUGGAUGCUCUCGAACCCCGCCGCUCAAAUCCAUAAGAUAUCCCUCUCUAACUCCCCAAGCUUAUCCUAUUCCAUCAACCCUAACCCAAUCCUACCCCCAAGAUUCAAUCAAGAGGAAUCCAAGGGCUCUUCUUUCUAUGUUGUUCGUGAUGAUCUCCUGCAUCCUUUGAUCAAUGGCAACAAAGCGAGGAAGCUUGAUGCUCUCAUCCCCAUGCUUCAGAAUCAUUCCAUAAAUGAUGUGGUCACGUGUGGAGGUUGCCAGAGUGCUCACACUGCAGCUCUUGCUGUAUGUUGUGCUGAGAGGGGAAUGAGGUCACACUUGCUACUUAGGGGAGAGCAGCCAGAGAUUGCUACUGGAUAUAAUCUGGUAUCUUUGAUGUAUGGCAAUGUGAAGUAUGUAGCUAGAUCGAAGUAUGCGCAAAGGGAGGAGAUGCUUACUGAGCAUGCCAAUUUGGUGUCGUGUGAUGGUGGUUGUGUCAUUCAUGUCGAUGAUAUUCUCGCAUCUGAUUCUGGUGAUACUAGCUUGAAGUUGGAUUGUAGUAUGCACAUUCCUCCGCAAGUUAAAAGUGAGAUAGGUGUACGAAGAGUUGUGAUUGUGAGUGAAGGUGCAGGGGAUGCAAUUGCAUUAUUAGGCCUCAUUCGGUUUGUGAAGUAUCUUUCACAACCUCAUGUAUUUGGAAAAGAGCAAAACAUUAAUUUGGUUGUGGAUGCGGGUACUGGGACUACCGCUAUUGGUUUAGCUCUUGGAGCCCUUUAUUUUGGGUUGCCGUGGAAAGUAACUGCAAUAAUGCUUGCAGAUACAAUUGAAAAAUAUAAGGAAAAGGAGAGAUGGUUGAUAUCUGAUUUCAGGAGGAUUUAUCAAUCUGAAUUUUUAGGGCAAACAGUAGGUGAAGCUGGUGACAGCAUUGUGCAAUGGGUUGAGCGAAGCCAUCCGAGAAAGUUUGGCAAAGUGCUGAAAGGGGAGAUCCAGCUGUGCAGGAAAAUUUCACAGGAAACAGGUAUUCUUUUAGAUCCUGUCUACACAUUGGCUGCUUGGGAGCAAGCCAUCCUUUCACUCGCAGAAGUUGAGGACUCCAAGGUGGUAAUGCUUCAUACUGGAGGUACUCUUGGUUUGUUCGGAUUGGCUCAAAGAUAUACUUCCGACUUCCACCCUAGAGAUCAAACUUUUGACAUUUUGUCGAAUUGAAGGAAUCAGGAUGCAGUUACUGUUUAUUGAAUGAAACAACAGAUGGGAAUGUUCCUUGAAAUCUGAGUUCCUCGAAGUUAACUGUAGUGCCUUUUAUGUUCACCCUUUCCUAUGUAGGAACUAAUAUGUUAGGUGUAUGAAAUUUUUCUCUUUUGUCAGUUUUGGGAGUAUUGGCAGUACACAUACACCAUGUUGAUACAGUAGGAUGUAAACAUAACCAUGAACGAGUGCAAUACUUCAUUUUCAGAUCGAGCACUGUAAAGAAAGUCUAAUUUUGUGUUGUGUGAUUCAGUUAGUGGUGGGAAAGUAGACUCUCUCAAGCAGAAGAACAAAGUUUCAGCCACGCUUUUGCACCACUGACUAAAAUGACCUUGGAAAAGUGAAGUUCUUGUAAUUUUUUAGAAAAAUUGUCAGUUUGAUACAGGUAUAGAUAUGAGAUCUUGUGCGAGUAGCUGAGGUGCAAAUGGAACUUUGUAAUUCAAGCAUGCUUUAUUAGUUUACUUAUUUCACCACUUCACAAUGAGACAAUAUGUAUUCCUCAUGUUUGUAGCAGACAUUAGUUAGAUGGAGAAAUUUGAAUCACUUUUGAUAAAACAUGCGGAUGAUACAUUGUAUUUUUGAAUGCUACAAUAUUAACAGAACUGUUUAUACAUUAAGUUUAGGAAUUGGCCAACUGUUCCGCCUCUUAACAUAUUGCUGGACCGUGCUCAAAUAACCUGUGCCACAGG